AUGGUAGCGCCAUCUUUAGGGUCCAGUUCACUCAAGAAGUAUUUAAAAAGAUACGAAAAUAAUGAGGAGGAGGAGAAAAAGAAGAAGAAAAAGAAAAAGAAGAUGAAAACUAAGCCUGAUAUGAAUGGUGUUCUUGUUGUUGAUGAGGAUCCUGUUUGGCAAAAGCCAGUUCGACUUGAAGAAGAAGAUGAUGAGUCACAAGAUGAAGAGAAGCCACAAGUUGAUGAAUAUAUUGAAGUGAAACGAAUGAAAAGAUUAGAGAAAAUUAAAAGGCGGCGCCCUUUUGGUGCUAUUUCUGAAGACGGAAGCGGUUGGGUUCCCGUGUCUGAUACUGCUAAAAAUUCCGACAUCUCUUCGCCACGUAGACGUAGGCCCCAGAAUGAUACACCAGAACCGGAAUCAGAAUCCCAACAUAUAACAGAAUUGAAUUCCGACAUGUCCCCACCCCGUAAACGAAGGGCCCGAAAUGAUACACCAGAACCGGAACCGGAACCGGAACCGAAUAUGAUCUUUCUCCUCCUCGGAAGGGCCGCAGUCGAGAUUCUGAUAUUUCUCCUCCUCGACGGGGGCAUAAUUGUCCACAUGAAGAUCUUUCUCCCCCGAGAAAAAAACAUUCUAACCCGAGAAAACCUAUCAAGGAAUCGGAGAGGCCAAAAACUGGUUUAG